GAGAGAGAAAACGACGACCAUUAAGAAUCAUAGAUUUUCCUGAUUUCGGGUUCCAUAUUUACAGGCGUCCACCCUUUUCACUCCAAGCUCCGCCUCCGCCUACUUCACACCGUCGACGGAGGCUCCGUCUUCUCCGGUGACAUCGCCGCCGCCCAUCGGCCUCCACAACCCUCGUCCACUUCCAAAUCCCUUGAAUUCUCUGAAUAUUCAUUUCUCUCCCUGUUUAAUUUCACAGGCCAUGUCUGGUCUGUACAGUACCAACUUCUCCCCUGCAAGAGCUGCCUCUCCUCACAUCAGAAGUACUCCUGAUGUCGAUAGUCAGUACUUGUCGGAGCUACUGGCGGAGCAUCAGAAGUUCGGUCCCUUCAUGCAAAUUCUUCCGAUCUGCAGCCGACUUUUGAAUCAAGAGAUAUUGCGGGUUUCUGGAAUGAUGUCCAACCAGGGUUUCUGUGACCUUGAUAGGCUUCGGCAUAGAAGUCCUAGUCCAAUGGCUUCUUCAAACCUUAUAUCUAAUGUUAGUAGCUCAGGUCUGGGUGGCUGGAAUGGACUUCCUCAGGAGAGAUUAAGUAGACCCCCUGGGAUGACAAUGGACUGGCAAAGUGCACCUGCAAGUCCUAGUUCGCUCACAGUAAAGAGGAUUCUACGUUUGGAAAUACCAGUGGAUACUUACCCAAACUUCAAUUUUGUAGGGCGGCUUUUGGGACCUCGGGGUAAUUCAUUGAAACGGGUGGAAGUUACUACAGGUUGUCGUGUCUACAUUCGAGGGAAAGGGUCGAUAAAGGAUCCCGACAAGGAAGAGAAGCUACGGGGACGACCUGGCUAUGAGCACUUGAAUGAACCGCUGCACAUCUUGAUUGAGGCCGAUUUACCAGCCAAUAUUGUUGAUAUAAAGCUCAGACAAGCACAGGAAAUUAUUGAAGAACUGCUCAAACCUGUGGAUGAGAGUCACGAUUACAUCAAAAGGCAGCAGUUACGUGAACUCGCAAUGCUAAAUUCGAGUUUCAGAGAAGAGAGUCCAGGACCAGGUGGCAGUGUCUCUCCCUUCAACUCAAGUGGAAUGAAACGUGCUAAAACGGGUCGGUGAGCACUCAUACCAUAAUGUAUCCUAAACAAUCUCUACCCGGGUCCAUAAUUCGGUCACUCAUACCAUGAAGCAUAACCACCCGUGUGACAUAGCAACGAUAAAGGGGAGGCUAACUUCAGUUCCUGGUGAGCCUUCUGCUGGCUUUUUCUGUGUUUUCUUUAAUAUUUUUGACAGAGACUGGAAAAGGGAAGGAAAAAAAAAAAGAACAGAGUGGUAAAAGGAAAAAAAAAUGUUAGUAUUAGUAGGGGAUGCUCCUCAUGUUGAGUGUAGGGUUUUAAUAGGUCAGUUUUCCAACAAAGUUAAUAUAUUCAUUGGAUUUAUUCUUGUGUUA